AUGUCGGAUUCCGAAUUCAGUGCCCAUGCAGAUCACUAUAGUAUUCAGCCUCAUAUUUAUUCUCAAGAUGCAGAGACUAAUAAUUUCAUAAACUCGCCUUCUUCAACAGCUUCUCCAAACCGACAGACACCACCUCCUGGAAAAGUUGAAAAAAAAGGCAAUAAUAGGAAAAAACGGAACAACAAGAAUAAGAAAAAUAAGAACAAAGCCAAAUGGAAACAAAACGAUGCUUCAAAAUCCAUAGCAGACGAAAACUACUUUGAAGAAGGAACUUCUGAGCUGCAAGAUCCAAAUAAUUACUAUAGUGGGGAAUUGUUGAUGCACACAUACUAUACACUACCUCCAUCAGUACAAAAGUUUUGGACGAGACGAUAUGAAUUGUUUUCCAAAUAUGAUGAAGGAAUUUUCCUUUCCGAGGAGUUGUGGUAUAGUGUUACCUCGGAAUUGGUUGCCAAGUAUACUGCUCAGCUAUUUGUGAAGCUUUUACCAACAGAUGCACAAUAUGGUUUAGAUGUAUGUUGUGGAGGCGGUGGCAAUACAAUACAGUUUGCACGUUACUUUGAAUCUGUUGGUGCAAUUGACAUCAAUAGAACAAAUUUGUAUUGCACAGAACGAAAUUGUCAAGUGUAUGGAGUGGACGAUAAGGUAUGGACAUUACAAGCGGACUGGGCAGAGAUUACAAAGAGAAAAGACAAUGGCACUAUAAAUUUAGAUUGGAUACCAGAGAAAAUACUCGAAGAAAGGAGAGUAAAAGUUGCGAAUGCAAUUGAUACACCAGUUGAGUUAAGCUCAAGUGAUGUCACUUCAUCGUCUAUUCCAACUCAAUGUUUUGACUUCAUUUUCAGUUCACCACCAUGGGGUGGUACAAACUAUGACAAGAACGAAUUUAACGUAUAUGAGAUGAAACCUUUUAAUAUUGUGGAUUUGUUGCGAACUAUGAAGCAGUAUGCGGACAAUAUUGGACUAUUUUUACCGAAGCUGUCUAAUCUCAUGCAAUUGAGUAUGGCCACAAAGGAAGUAUAUGGAGAUUUCAAAAAGUGCCGUGUCAUUUAUAUAAAUUCCAAGGGUCGUUCGGUGGCAAUGUUGGCCCUCUUUGGUGAUUCAUUUACAGCCAGAUUUGAUGAGUUGGAUGAUAUCAGCGAGGAGGCAUUAAUGAAUGAGUUUGAACGAGGUUCACCAACUUAUGGGAAAGAUACAGAGAUGGAACAAGAUUUGGGGUUGGAGUUGGGGUUGGAACUGGAACUGGAACUGGGGCUGGAACUGGAACUGAACAAUGAGCUAUAG